AUGACGUCAUCCACCGUCUCCGGCGCCGGCGGUCACCCCGCCGGAGACAUAGGUGACCACCCGGAGGCGCCUAACGCCGACGACACCAUUUACCAAGCUGCCUUGCCGGACAACGAGGCAUGUGUGUCCGCCGCGGCACCGGAGCUCCGGUACCGGGGGUGGAAGACGAUGCCGUUCGUGAUCGGCAAUGAGACGUUCGAGAAGCUGGGAAGCAUCGGCACGGCCGCGAACCUGAUGAUGUACUUGACUUCAGUCUUCCACAUGACCAACGUCGACGCUGCCAUGGCGCUCAACGCCUUCAGCGGCACCACCAAUCUCGCCACCGUCGUCGGCGCCUUCGCCUCCGACCUUUACCUCGGCCGCUAUGCCACCGUCGGCAUCGGCUGCAUUGCCACCUUAAUCGGCAUGAUCAUACUGACGUUCACAGCUGCCGUCCCGACGCUGCACCCCCCGCCAUGUGCCGGUGGCGAGGAGCCGUGCGCGGGCGCGACGGGGCGUCAGCUUGCUGUGCUGGUGCUCGCAUUCGUGUUCAUCGUGGCCGGGGCGGGUGGUAUCCGUCCGUGCAACCUUGCCUUUGGCGCCGACCAGUUCGACCCGCGCACCGACUCCGGCCGCCGCGGCAUCAACAGCUUCUUCAACUGGUACUACUUCACCUUCACCAUCGCCGUCUGCGUAUCAUCGACGGUGAUCAUCUACGUGCAGAGCAACGUGAGCUGGUGGGUCGGGUUCGCCAUCCCCGCCGCGCUGAUGCUGGUGUCCUGCGCGCUCUUCUUCGCCGGCGAAAGGCUCUACGUCCGGGUGAGCCCGGAGGGAAGCCCCCUCGUCGGCGUCGUCCGCGUCGCCGUAGCCGCGUUUCGGAAGCGGCGUGUGGCCGCACCUGACGACCCCGGCAAGUCGCUUUUCAGGACGCGGCACGCGAGCUCGCUCGUGUCGAGGCUCCCCUACACCGAACAGUUUAGGUUCCUCGACAAGGCCGCCGUGGUGGUGGAGGUCAAGAGCGAGGUCGACCUCGAUGGCUUCCCUAAGAAUCCAUGGCAGCUGUGCAGCAUGCAGCAGGUGGAGGAGACCAAGUGCAUUCUGCGCGUCCUGCCGGUGUGGGUCACCUGCAUCGUGUACUACGUGGCCUUCGCGCAGACAAACACCUACGUCGUCCUUCAGGCGACGCAGUCCGACCGCCACCUCCGCGCCGGCGGCGGCCUCGAGGUGCCGCCGGGAUCGUUCACAAUCUUCCCCAUGCUCGCGCUCACCGUGUGGAUCCCGCUCUACGACCGCCUCGUCGUGCCGUGGAUGAAGAGGCUCACCGGCCGCGAGGAGGGCAUCACGAUGCUCCAGCGCAUGGGCAUCGGCAUGGUUCUGUCCUCCGUGGCCAUGCUCAUCUCAGGCCUGGUCGAGCAGCGCCGGCGCGAUCUCGCCGUGCUGCAGGCGGCCACGAGCGGCGGGUCCAUGUCGCGCAGUAAAGUGUCGCCGCAGUCGGCGUUCUGGCUGGUGCCACAGCUCGCAGCGCUGGGUCUGUCGGAGGCGUUCAACCAGGUGAGCCAGAUGGAGUUCUACUACAAGCAGUUCCCGGAGAACAUGCGCAGCGUCGCCGGCUCUCUGCUGUUCAGCGGUCUGGCGCUCUCGAACUACCUCAGCGAGCUCCUGGUGAGCAUCGUACACCGCACGACCGGCGGCAGCGAGGAGGGGUGGCUCGCCGAGGACUUGAACAGCGGGAGGCUCGACUGGUUUUACUUCCUGAUCGGCGCCGUUGGCUUGGCCGACCUCGUUGUGUUUCUUGUAUGCGCAAAUUGGUACAGGUACAAGGUUUGCGAUGAUGGCCAUGAGCAGGAUGCAGAUGUAUAUCCGUGA